AUGCAAGAGAACUUGGGAUUACAACUAGUUUUGAAGAAGUGUCAGUACUGUGGAAAAAGAUGUAGUAAUAAGAGUAAUCUCCACAAACAUCUUCGUAUACACACUGGUGAUAAACCUUACCAAUGUCAGUACUGUGGAAAAGGAUUUAGUCAGAAUGGUAAUCUCCAAACUCAUCUUCGUAUACACAUUGGUAAUAGACCUUACCAAUGUCAGUACUGUGGAAAAGGAUUUAGUCGGAAUGGUAAUCUCCAAACUCAUAUUCGUAUACACACUGGUAAUAGACCUUACCAAUGUCAGUACUGUGGAAAAGGAUUUAGUCGUAAGGUAAUCUCCAAACUCAUCUUUUGUAUACACACUGGUGAUAAACCUUACCAAUGUCAGUACUGUGGAAAAGGAUUUAGUCGUAUGGAUAGUCUUCAAACUCAUCUUCGUAUACACACUGGUGAUAAAACUUACCAAUGUCAGUACUGUGGAAAAGGAUUUAGUCAUAAUAGUAAUCUUCAAACUCAUCUUCGUAUCCACACUGGUGAUAAACCUUACCAAUGUCAGUACUGUGGAAAAGCAUUUAAUAAUGAAGAAUCUAGAGAACUGUCAUCAGAUUUAUCACCUGAACAUGAUAACAAACAACUCAAGGUGGAUCAUAGUGAUAAUCUUCCUGAAAGUGUAGCUAGUGUUAUUGAGGAGAGUCAAGAGGAGAAAAGACGACGGGAGGAACCUAUAUUUGAGAGCCUUGAUUACAAGUUGUCUAAUGAGUUUUUUGAGUUGUUUGGAGAUGAUAAUAAUGAAGAAUAUGAAGACUUUGAAGGAUUUGAUAUUGAAGAUGUUGGUGAUGUACCUCAGUGUCCAAUUAUUGAACGAUAUCCUAAGAGAUCAAUUCACCAAAAUGAAUACAGAGAAGAUGAACUAUCUGAUGAAGAUGAAUAUCUCUUUGAGAAUCCAGAUAAUAUGUGUGAUUAUUGUGGAAAGAAAUUUUCUUGUCAGUCAUCAUUGAGGACUCAUCUUCGUAUACACACUGGUGAUAAUCCUUACCAAUGUCAGUAUUGUGGAAAAGGAUUUAGUCAUAAUGGUAGUCUCCGAAAACAUCUUCCUAUACACAUGG